GAGAGACUGGCCCCGUAGGCCCGGAUCCACCUGAGUCCACCUGAGUCCACCAACAGGACGGACACCUCCCACCCUGAGGACACGAGGAGACGAACAGGAAGUCCUGGUGUUUGUAUGGUGUUUGUGGUUCCAGAUGUACGCAGAGAAGGUGGUGACUGAGGGGAAGAUGGGUAACAGGGGCAUAUCGCUGACCUGUGUGUUGACUCCGUGUCGUGUGGUCGGGGUCUGUGUGAUGCUUGUGACCGUGGGCGCCACCGCUGCCGCUGUCUGGGCCGUAGUUACGUACUGUACGAUGGAUGAAGACACGGGGCUGUAUGAUGUUCAGGUAAACUCCGCCGACCAGCGCCUCCGGGUGUUCGACUCCGCGCAGAAGAGGUGGCGCCAGGUCUGUUCCUCUUCGGCCAAUCAGAUGCUGGCGAGCAUCAGCUGUGAGGAAGUGGGUUUUGUCAGCGUGGUGAACUACUCGGUUACCGCAGUAACAGACGCCAGUGGAGAUGGAGGAGAGUUCUUCUGCAUCCGACAGGAGGAGCUCAGCUACGGCAAGAAGAUCAAGGACUCGCUGUUCCCAUGUGACUGUGAAAGUCGAGAAGUCCUCACUCUGCUGUGCCAAGACUGCGGGAGACGGAGCUUCGCUGCAGACCGUAUCGUGGGCGGUGUCGACGCCAGGCAGGGCAGUUGGCCGUGGCAGGUCAGUCUGCAGUACGACGGCGUCCAUCAGUGUGGAGGCUCUAUCAUCUCCAACCGCUGGAUCGUAUCUGCGGCUCACUGCUUCCCCGAACGGUACCGCUUCGUGAACCGAUGGCGUGUUCUUCUUGGAUCCAUCUAUAACAAACCUGUUAACGCCAAUGUGGCCGAGGUCAAGACCAUCGUCUACCACAGCAGCUACCUGCCCUUCGUGGACGCCAACAUCGACGACAACAGCAGGGACAUCGCCGUGUUGGCAUUGACUCAGCCUCUGACGUUCAAUGAGUACGUCCAGCCCGUGUGCCUGCCGGCGUACGGUCAGAGGCUGGUUGACGGACAGAUGGGGACGGUGACAGGUUGGGGAAACGUGGGAUACUACGGUCAUCUGGCCGACGUCCUCCAGGAGGCCAACGUCCCCAUCAUCAGCGACGCCGUCUGCAACGCCCCGGACUAUUACGACAACCAGAUCACCACCAGUAUGUUCUGUGCCGGAUACGAGAAAGGAGGCACCGACGCCUGUCAGGGGGAUAGCGGUGGUCCUUUUGUGGCAGAGGACUGUUUGUCCAAGACCAUCCGGUAUCGUCUUCUGGGUGUGGUGAGCUGGGGGACGGGCUGUGCCAUGCCCAAAAAGCCUGGCGUCUACACCCGAGUGUCCCGGUUCCUGCCCUGGAUCUCCACCGCCAUGAGAAACUACCAGAACUCCCCAGGCUUCCACAAACUGGCCCGGACAUGAGGCUCCGCCUCCACUGCCUGGUACUGGCUCAACUCCACCUCACUCUACUCCACUGUUUGGUUCGUCCAGAACCUGGAACCUGAUACUGGUUCUGGUUUCUCACACCCCUCGGGUUUUCACUGUGUCACCGUUAAUGAACCGAACAAACCCGCUGAGUUCUGACGUCUCGUAUCAUCAGCACCUGCUCGAUGUCCUUCACUGUUCCUGUGUGUGGGUUUGAAGAUGGUGUUGCUAUGACGACCAGACGAAUCGAACCAAAUCUGCACCGGAACACGAAGAACCUGGUACCCGACGCAAGUGGAGUCAAAUACAAAAGAGUCAAAUACAGUAGAGUAUAAUACAAAAGAGCCAAAUACAAAAGAGUCAAAUACAGUACAAUCAAAUACAAAAGAGUCAAAUAGAGUAGAGUCAAAUAGAGUAGAGUCAAAUAUAGUAGCGUCAAAUACAGUCGAGUCAAAUACAGUCGAGUCAAAUACAAUAGAGUCAAAUACAGCUGUCAAAUACAAAAGCAUCACAUACAGUACAGUCAAAUACAGUACAGUCAAAUAAAUACAAUAGAGUCAAAUACAGUAGAGUUAAAUAUAAAAGAGUCAAAUACAAAAGAGUUGAAUACAGUAGAGUCAAAUACAAAAGAGUCAAAUACAUUGCAGUCAAAUGCAAAAGAGUCAAAUAUAGUAGAGUCAAAUACAGUAGGGUCAAAUACAAAAGAGUCAAAUACUGAAGAGUCAAAUACAAUAGAGUCAAAUACAGCAGAGUCAAACACUAAAGAGUCAAAUACAGUAGAGCCAAAUACAAAAGAGUCAGAUAUAGUAGAGUCAAAUACAAAAGAGUCAAAUACAGUAGAGUCAAAUACUGAAGAGUCAAAUUCAAUAGAGUCAAAUACAGUAGAGUCAAAUAUAGUACAGACAAAUACAGUAGAGUCAAAUAAAAAAGACUCAAAUACAGUAGAGUCAAAUACAGUACAGUCAAAUAUGAGAGUCAAAUACAGUCGAGUCAAAUACAAAAGAGUCAAAUACAAAAGAGUCAAAUACAUUACAGUUAAAUAUAUUAGAGUCAAAUACAUCAGAGUCAAAUACAGUAGAGUGAAAUGUAUUAUUGGUAUUAUUGUAGUCAAAUACAAUGGAGUUGAAUAGAGUUGAUGCAGUGCCAUGCGGUGGAAACAUCUGGUUGGACAGUAGAGGACGGUAGAGGACAUCUCCUGCUCAUUAAGGUCCAACGUCCCCAUUCUGUCCUUAAACUAACUGUGUCCACCUCCUCAAUGUGACUCUGCUAUAAAACAGACUCAACUGAGAAAUGAAGAAAAACAUUUACUCACCUGUAACAGUGAUGAUGCUCGUCCUAACGUGUCCAUGUGUCUUUGUCUACAGUCCCAGAUGUCCCCGUCAGUAAACACAGGGUUAAACAAGUCUGUAAUACACUCAUGUCUGUAAGUUUUUGGACGGCAACUCUACUGUUGAAUGCUGUUCAUGUCCACAGUGGAUCUGAAAUCCAAACAUCCACCCUUAACCCUUAAAGAUCCAAACGUCCACCUUUA